AUGGAACCUGUAACAUCAACUCAGGUAAAACUUCCAUCAACUACUAUUUUUCCUGUCGUUAUAACGGCUCUGCUUAAUUCUGUUGGUGAUGAGGUCACAAAACAUAGCCCUAUUCUUAGAUUUAAAUAUUGGAAUUUUGUUGAAGAACUAAGUGACACCGAUGACGGAGAGGAACCUAAACGUGUCGAAAAAGAAUUUUAUUCUACAUUUGAGGUUCCUAUAGAUGGUGAACUUUCAGAAUGGAAUGUUACUAUUGGACAGGAGAUAGAAAAUUCUUCAUAUCCCAUUGCACGGAUUCGUGAACCAUGUACACAUUCAAUACAAUUCAGCGGACUUUGUGGAAUUUGUGGAAAGUCGUUAGAUAAAGAAAAAGAUUAUGCUGAGUUCAAUAAUGUGGAUCGAUCUUUUUUUAAUAUGUCCCAUGACACCUCUGGUCUUACAGUAUCGUACGAUGAAGCUCAAAUAAUUGAAAAAAAGUCAUCAAGUCAAUUGAUUCAGCGUAAAAAGUUAAUAUUAGUAGUUGAUUUGGAUCAAACCGUCAUUCAAGCUGCAAUAGAUCCCAGAAUUGGAAUAGUGAAAAACAACCCACUAGACGCAAAUUAUCAACUUAUAAAAGAUGUUGAAUCAUUUGAACUUCAGGAAGAAUUUACUGUCCAAGGAACUGAAAAUAUUCCAAGUAGGCGAAAUACGACUACAGCAAUGUAUUAUGUUAAAGUUAGGCCUGGCCUUGACCUUUUUUUACAGCAUAUGCAUCAACUAUAUGAAAUGCACGUCUACACAAUGGCAACGAGGUCCUAUGCCGUUGCUAUUGCUAAAAUUAUAGACCCUCAAGGCAUAUAUUUUGCUGAUCGAAUUUUAUCCCGUGAUGAAAGUGGAAGCAUGUAUCAGAAAUCUCUCAAGCGUCUUUUCCCUGUUUCUACCGCCAUGGUGGCUAUUAUUGAUGAUAGAGGUGAUGUUUGGGAGUGGAGUCCAAAUCUCAUUAAAGUUGUUCCAUAUAAUUUUUUUCGCACCGGUGACAUAAAUGCACCACUUCCAAUUUCUCAACAAGGAAACUAUAUUCAAGAUACUAUUUUGGAAUUGGAUGAAACAUUUGAUUCAAGCAUUUUAGUCACAGACUCAGAGAACCCUUCUGAAAUCCAGAUUUUAGAAAAAAACCAAAUUCAGGACUUCAAAUCAGAAACUGAUACUUAUUUGAAAAAUCCUUCUCUCUCUGAUAAAGUUCUUGUUGCCGAACCUUCAGAAGAAGAUGGUGAUCUUCUUGUAAUUAAAGAGGAACCAAAAUUGAACAAUGAUUUAUUUUUAAAUAAAAAAAAUGAUAGUGAAGGUUUGAUGAAUUCGGAAAACAAUCCUUUCUCAAAUAAAAAGGCAAAUUCUUCAUCAAACGGAAAAAAUGCAUAUUCUCAGGAGGAGGUUGCGAUUAAGGCCGCAAAUAACUUGGAUAAAGACCUAAUUACGAAUGGUAAUAUAAUUAAUGAAAAUGGAAAUGAAAAUCAUGAUAACGACGAAAACACACCUAACAGCGACCCUACCAGCAUAAUAGGAUACUUAUUACAAGACAAUGACAAUGAACUUUUCAAUAUUGAAAAUGCAUUAAAGAAACUUCAUUCUAGGUUUUACGAGGAUUUUGAUAAAAUUUCGGUUAAAAAGGGAGGCUCUCAAAAUAUUCGAGAAGAGGAUCUACCUGAUGUUGGAAACAUUCUUCCUAAAAUGAAACAAGCUGUUUUUGAUGAUUGUGUGAUACUUUUUUCAGGCUAUAUAGAUCAUGGCACACCAUUUAAUAAUGCUGACAUUGUUCAAUGGGUUCGCAGCUUUGGAGCCAUUGUUGUUGCUGAAAUGAUUGGUUCAGUUACACAUGUUGUUUCGAAAUCAAACAGAACUGCGAAAGCUCGCAAGGCUUUUAAGAAUCCUAAAAUUAAAGUUGUUACUAUUGACUGGAUUUACAAAUGCAUUGCAUCUUGGGAACACGUUUCUGAAGAUAACUAUAUUCUUAAACCUUCUCUUCGUGAUAAUAUUGAAAUAGAAGAAGAAAGCCCUCAAAAUCUAGAAAAUAUAAACGAUAUGGAAGAUGUUGAUACUGAAGCUUUUGUUAUAUCCUUAAAUUCUGGUAAGAUUGAUUGGGAUGAAAUGAAUGAAGAGAUAAGGGAGUUUGUUGAAACUUCUGAUGAAGAGGAUAAUGCAGAAGAUAACGACAAGGAUAAUACUGAUACUAAUCAUAAAAAUAAGGAUUUAAGUGUAUCCGGAAAAAUGCCUGUUAAAUCAAUAGAAGAUUCUUUUUCAAACCAGCCAGCCAUAAAAAAUGAAAAAGAAAAUGAAAAAAGCAAAGUUGACGAAAAGAUUAACUAUAAGGGUCCAAAUGAACAUAAUGAAGAUGACGACAAUAAUGCUGAUGAUAAUGAUGACAGUGAUGAUGAUAGUGAUGAUGACAGUGAUGAUGAUAGUGAUGAUGGUAGUGAUGAGGAUGGUGAUGAGGAUGGUGAUGAUGAGGAUGAGGAUGAGGAUGAGGAUGAGGAUGAGGAUGAGGAUGAGGAUGAGGAUGACAAUGAUGAAGAUGAAGAUGAAGAUGAAAAUGGAGAUGACUAUAACAAUGACAAUGACAAUGACAAUGCCAGUGUCAAGAAUGGUAAUGGCAAAUACAACAAUAAUAAUAGCGAUAUUUAUAAAGACUAUGGUGAUAACUACGAUCAUGAAAACAUACACCCUAAAAAACGUCAGAAAUUGGUUGAUACAGGCGAGGAAAGUGAUGACUACGAUGCCAUUGCAGCGGAAUUAGAACUUGAUCUCUUAUGA